GGGGCGGAUGGCGCUGCGCGGCUCGCUGCGGGCCGGCCGGGCGCUGCUGCGCGCCCCGGGGCCGUCCGCCCGCGGGCUCUGCGGCCGGCCGCCGGCCUUCGGGUUCCUGUUCGAUGUGGACGGCGUGCUGGUGCGGGGCAGCCAGCCCGUGCCCGCCGCCCGCCGCGCCUUCCAGAGGCUGACGGACGGCGGCGGGCGGCUGCGGGUGCCCGUGGUGUUCCUGACCAACGCCGGGAACUGCAUGCGCUCGGACAAGGCCCGAGAGCUGUCCCGGGCGCUGGGGCUGCAGGUGCCUCCGGAGCAGGUGAUCCUGUCCCACAGCCCCCUGCAGCUCUUCAGCCAGUUCCACCAGAGGUGCAUGCUGGUGGCCGGGCAGGGGCCCGUGGUGGAGAACGCCCACAACCUGGGGUUCAAGCACGUGGUCACCAUAGAGGCCCUGAGGAAGGCAUAUCCCCUGUUGGACAUGGUAGACCUGAGCCGCAGGCCGAAAGAGCUGCCUCCUCCUCCCCCCGCUGGCUUCCCCACUAUAGAAGGGGUGAUUCUGUUUGGCGAGCCAGUGAGGUGGGAGACGAGCCUGCAACUCAUUGCUGAUGUACUGCUGAGCAAUGGAAACCCUGGGGCAGAGCUGCAGGAUGUGCCAUACCCUCACCUGCCCAUCCUGGCCUGCAACAUGGACCUCCUGUGGAUGGCUGAAGCCAAGAUGCCCAGGUUUGGCCAUGGCACUUUCCUUCUCUGCCUGGAGAGCAUCUACAAGAAGGUGACAGGCAAGGAGCUGAGGUAUGAGGCCCUGAUUGGCAAACCCAGCCCCAUCACCUACCGCUAUGCCCAGCACCUGAUCCAGCAGCAGGCAGAGAAGCAGGGCUGGAAGGCUCCCAUCCGACACCUCUAUGCAGUUGGGGACAACCCCAUGUCUGACGUCUAUGGGGCAAACCUCUACAACAGCUACCUCAAGUCAGCUCAGCAGAACCAGGUCCAGGCUGGGCAGAAGAGGAGCCCACAGGCAGCCAGUGCCCAGGCUGAGGUUUCCCUGGAGCUGAGGAAUGACUGCACCAGCUCAGUGGAGAGCUGUGAGUCCAUCCUGGUCUGCACCGGGGUGUUCCGCCCCGACGGCGCCGCUCCCAGGGAAACAGGGGAGACAGUGUUCCAUGGACACCGGGACUUCUGCUUCGAGCCCAGCCUGCUGCAGGCAUCCCACAUCGUGCAGGAUGUGGAUGAGGCUGUGCAGCUUGCUUUUAAAAAAGAAAACUGGAGCUAGGGGUUCAGACAGAGUGCCUGAAGAUCUGCUGUAAGGGGUUUUAUGUACUGGAAAGAGGGGAAGAAUGGGGAGGGACCUGGGGUGAUUUUCUAAUCUAGAUAAUGUUAAAGAAAACUCCCUGUUGCAGCACUAAAAGCCCCUUAAUUUUUUUAAAACUCAUCUGCCAUCCUGACAGCUGCCCAGAGACUUUCAGCUGUGACUGUACAUUGCUGCCAGCCAUAAUUGAGCCAUAAUGGAAACAGGGUAUAAGGAGUAGGCUUGUCCUAGCAAUCCCAGUUUUGUUCAGCCCUCACAGCUCAUUCUUUUCCUUGCUUUGUGUGCAAAGAUCAGGGGAGCCCACCCUCCUCUUUGUGGGGUGUUUGAGGGCAAAGCUCUUCCCCACACAGGAGCCACCAUCAGCCAUUUGUAGAAUGUGCUGUUUGUCCAGGCUGUGACUCGAGCACACCAAAAGCUGGGCUGUGGUGGCUCCGUGCCAAGAGAAGGCUUUAAGUCUUAAUAUUCUCCUCGUGAAGAAUAAGUGCCUACAGACUUUUAACAAAUUCUCUUUGCCUGGGGAUUUGCCACUGCAUCACUGUCAGCCUGAAACAAAGUUCUGUUUUGCAGUCAUCUGGCAGCUGUGGAGAGGCAGGGCCCCUCAAAGGAAGCUUCAGUAGCCAGAGCGACUUGCUGCAGGGCUGAGGUGAAAGUUAUAUUGUUCCCUCCCCCCUAUUUAGCAUUCUGUGAACACCCCUGCCUUUUCACAUCCCACCAGGGAGCCAGCAGCCUGUGCUCAGCAGCAGAGGAAACCACCACAGAGUUUGAAUUGGCAGAGUUGUCUUUGCCCAGAACUCAGUGCUGCAGCAAGAGGCUUUUUUGGCACCCACUCUGAUCCCAACUGUUGCGGGGAACAUCCACCUGCUCCAGCUGGCACAGCUUCCAAGAGGGGCCCUUCUUUGGAACAAGGGCCAAACAAAAAGGGUCACAGUCCACCUCUGCUCCUUCAUGGCAUGCAAAGAUUCAAAGAGAAGAUCAGUCAAGGAUGGCAGCAGAGCCCCAGAUCCCCAGGCCUGACCUUUUAGAAUACAAAUGUCUGUGUCUUCCAGUUCUUUUGUUCCUGUCAUCCCUCAUGUGGUUUGCAGCUCAGGGAUGCCCCAUACAGUGUGACCUCUGGUCCCUCCUCUUUCUUUAACAUGCAGGUAGAGCCCCCCUAACAUGAAUUAGCAGCUGGGACUUGCCUGCCCAGGAACAUUUCCCUAACAACAUGCACCUUCUGUUCUAGCUCUCCUACCCAGAGAAAGACAAGACUUGUGUCUCCAUAGACAUUCCAGAGAAGAUAAGCAAAGUUUGCAUGAGAAAUUAGUGUGAAAGAUUUGGCUUAGCAAGGAGUGUCUUAAUUCCAGAGGAGCACUGUGAUUUUAGAAGCACAAAUCAACCUGUGUAUAUGAUGAAAAGCCUUGGAGCCAACACAACUGCCUUGAUUUUCCUAAUUACAGUCAGCUCACACCACACUGAGACAUCAGAAAUGGUUCUGCUCUGGCUCUUCUCUCCUCCUUCCUGCUUUACCAGGCAGCUCCAUACCCAGGGUGCAAACAAGAUGUUCUGCACACAAGUUUGAGCUCUUGAUUCAAAUCUCAGCAUCCAUGUGCACUGAAAUUCUGCUCCAGCAGCUCUCCAUCCUCUCAGUACUGAUGUAUCCUCCUAGGAAGGUCACUGCAGCAUAGGCUCAAUUCUUAAGUUGUGCCAGGCUCUGUGUGUGAGGCAGAUUUUGUGCUCUCUCAGUUAUCCAGGCAAAAGAGUUCCUUCUCUGUUUCUCUAUCCUUCCCUUCAUGAAUAGGAGCAGAAAAAUACCUUUUGCAUGUGUUUCCCUCAGUGAAAUCCACAAUGUGAAGCAGUUUCUUCCUCUCUUACCAUUACUUGGGGUUCUUCUCCUUUGUUUCAUCAGGACAAGAACUGCUUGACUGCUUCUGAAAGCAGCUGUGAUGGGAGGGACAUGGAUUUGAAUCCUUUUCCUUUUGCUGCAGAGAGAAGGAAAUCACCAUUUCAUCUCGUUGCACAGAACAAGAGCUUGUCUGCAGUUCCCAGAAGGGCAGGCACUUGGGAUAGAACACAGGGAAGGUCCUUUAGCUGCAGCACCUCUCCACAGUCACAGCUGUGGAGCUGAACCUGGAGCCCAAACCCCAUUUAUUCACAGGGUGGCUCCAGUGUCCCUCAGCCUCCCUUUUCAGAGGUGCCACCCACUGCAGGAAGAGGAACUCUCCCUUUGCUUGCAGUGCUUGCUGACUUGGGUGUAACUUUGCUGGCACUCCUGGGCAUGGUCCUCACAGCCAGAGCUCAGGGAGGUGUUUGCUGGCAGGAAGAAGGAGCCACACCUCCAGCACAGUGUGACUGCAGAAACGCUGAGCUCUGUCUGUCUGCAGCCAGCCCUGGCAGGGCUCUGUCCUGUUCCUUGCUGGAAGUGUGGUGCCAGUUACUCAGAGAGAAGGUGCUGCUGGACCCCUGUGCCCUGAGGGCUGUGGCACCUCUCCCGAGGAAGGAAGGAAGGUUUGCAUUUGCACAGAGAGGGAGCCAGGCAUCUCCAUCUUUGGAAUAGCAGCGGUGAGCUGACUGAUGUGAAUCUGCUUCAGAUGCCAAAUCUGCUUUUAGCUCUGGAUCACUUUUUUUUUUCCCCCACCACUCUUAAAAAUGUGUAGGAGGAACUUUGGUGAUAAGGAAUUUUAAAAAAAUGCUUUGCUUGCGAGUUGAAAAUUGAACAGAAGGGAGGAGAAGGAAUCUAGAAAUAUCUUGUACCCUUUGCCUAAUUCAUACCAAGUAAGGUUGCAUAAAAAACUCUGCUUUGUUGCUCUCUACACUAAUUAGCCAGAUGGGCUGCCCUUGGUCUGAGCAAUGCAAAGACCUUUCCCCUCUUCCCCUUCUUAGCUCCUUGAAACAGUGCACUUUGUCCAAGUCCCUGCCUGGGAAUUGCAUGAUGGAGUAGGGAAUCUGGAUUCUCCAGCUGCUCUUGGGCACUGGUUUGAUUCUGAAAGGUUUCUCUUCAUGGCAUUGCUUGGCAGGUCUCCUCUGUUCCAUGAGCUGUGCUAGAGUGUUGUACAGGCUUGUAGCUUAUGUCCAGUUCACUUAUGGACAUCUGUUAUUGCCAGAAUUCAGUGAAAUCCUUUUUCCUUGGAGCUGCAGCUUCCUGGAAUUAGCUUCCAGCAUGGCUGGAAGGAAACUCUUCCUUUGUCUCAUGUAUUGCUCAGAAGAGGUUUCUCCAAAGCAGUAUUUCUGUCCUUCUGUGCAGGCUGUGGGACCAGGCAGGAGAGGGCACUUCACUGCUGCUCCAAUACCUUAAUAUUUACAUGGUGCACUGCCCUGUACAGCAAACAGGGCAAAGACCUGAUCCUAACAGCUCCAUCUUCCAAAGAUAAACAGGUUUCAGUCAAGCCAGAAGGGAGCUUGCAACUGAGGCUAGCAGGAAGGAACAAGAGAUAGACCUUGUUCUGGAUCUGAAACCAAGAGCUUUCAUGGCAUGCAAUAACAGAGAAGUGAAUUCCUUUAUUCCCCAGGACACAUGCAACUGCUAACCUGGCAUUCAGGGCAUCAGGUAACACUGCUGUCCCCUUCCUUCCAGUCCUAACCCUGCCAUGUCUUUCUCCUUCCAAGAAAUGAUAAAAUGUUUCAGAUUGUGUCAUGUGCACUGUAGAAGUGAUUAUAUAUCAUACAGAGAAAUCACAAACUGUGAUUAUUUUAGAUUUCAUAUUGAUUUCAGUGCAGUUACAGAGUUGCUGCUUUGUUCAACCACAUAUGUGAAAUAAUAAAAUAUGUUUUCUUUGAAAUUAA